AGCUGCCGCAAAACGUAGAGAAGAUGAAGAAGAGAAUGCGCAACAAGGAACCACUGUCUAUGCAAGGAACCAAGAAUCAGCUGUCAAAAGAGUAGCUAAAGUGUAAGCAACGGAUCAGAAAGAGAUAUGUUCAGAGCUUGUGUACAGCACUGACCUGUGACCUCUGACUGAACACACCCGCGAAGAUGCCUGCAGUUUCCACCGGGGCCAAAGAGCUAUAUCUGUCCACAUCUCUGGGUGAACUCAAUAAAAAGGCUGACAUUAAGCCGGACAAGACAAGUACCAGAAGCUAUGUUCAGAGUGCCUGCAAAAUCUUCAAGGCGGCAGAGGAGUGUCGUCUGGACAGAGAUGAGGAGAAAGCCUAUGUGUUGUACAUGAAGUAUUUAACAGUAUAUGACAUCAUCAAGAAAAGACCAGACUUCAAGCAGCAACCGGAGUACUACAUGACCAUGCUUGGGCAAAACAGCUUUAAGAAAGCCAUUGAAGAAGCCGAGAAGCUCUCUGAAAGCCUUAAACUCAGGUAUGAGGAAGUUGAGGUUCGAAAAAAACUCGAGGAGAUGGAGAGACAAGAGGAGAAGAAAAGGAAGGAGGAAAUAACAGAAAAAGAUGGUCAUCCAAAAGUGUCAUCGGCAAACAAGAAGGACAGCAAAAAGGUAAAAGGAGAACAGAAUGAACUGAAGAAUGAAUUGAAGAAAGCAACCUCAAAAGCUGCGGUGUCAGCUGGUGGGAUCUCAGCUGAGAAGCUUUUCCACAUGAUGAAGGACCAGACGAUUACAAUGAUUGUCAUGGAUGCCCGCAGCCACAGGGACUUUGAGGAGUCUCGCAUUCAGGUCCCAGGCCAGACCUGCAUCAGCGUGCCAGAGGAGGCCAUUAGCCCGGGAAUCACUGUGAAUCAGAUUGAGGCGAAGCUGCCCGAGGUGUCAAAAGAUCUUUGGAGGCGGCGGGGGUUUGUGGAUUAUAUAAUCCUGCUGGACUGGUUUAGUUCUGUCACUGACCUUACACUGGGCACAACCUUGCAGAGCCUCAAAGAUGCCCUCUAUAAGUGGGACAGCAUCACCAUCCUGCGUAGUGAGCCGCUGGUGCUGGAGGGAGGCUACGAGAACUGGCUGUUGUUUUACCCCAUGUACACAACAAACGCUAAAGUCCGCCCCCCUAGACAGAAUAUCAUCAGCUGCCUCCCUCAGUUGAACUUUAGCUACCCAUCCCUGGAGGAACCAAAGCCUCCGACCCCACCUCUACCAGAGCCUGAGGUUACACCCGAGCCCCGUGAACCCUCCGCUCCUGUGCUGGUGAACGGGGUUGCACCAGCAGAAACCUCCACAUCUAAAACUUCCAUGGUGAUUGACAGGCUGCCAGACGCUGUCAAUUCCACCGUCACAGGCUCUACAAAUUCUGAGCAAGACCUUAGUAAGAAGGGCCCUGUGGCAGGUGCAUCCAGCCAGUCACCUGCAACAGCCAAAGCCUUCCCACAGUUUGACCGUACCAAGAAACCCUCUGUCCGGGUGUCGGACGAGCCUAAGCCUAGCCACAACGGGUCAGCGAAGGACUCCACGCAGAACGGCCCAUUUGUCCCUGACCGCUCAGUCAAACCGCCCCUCAUCCCCAACACUUCUCUGUCUAAAGAAGAACAAAGCCAGAUACACUCAGAGGUGGUGGCAGCGAUGGAGAAGGCGAGGCAAGAGCAGGAGAAGCGCAACCAGGAGCGUCGUGUAGAGGAGGAGAGACGGGAGAAGGAACAGAAGGAAAGGCUAGAAAGGGAACAAAGUGAGAAGAGGAAGAAGGAAGAGGAGGAGAAUGGACUUCAGGAAAAAAAGAAACAGGAAAGGCAGAAGGCAGAAGAAGAGGGAGAUAAAAAGAACAAGCUGUGGGACGAGAAAGAGAGGAGGGGAAAGGAGCAGAGCUCUGACACUCCUUCGAAGAGUAUGUCUCUGGACUCGCCUGCUCCCAACCAUCUUGUUAGUGAAAUUAAGAGGGAGCCCCUAACCAGAGCAAGGAGUGAGGAGAUGGGUAGGAGUGUACCUGGCCUUCCAGACGGUUGGAUGAAGUUCCUUGACACAGUGACGGGGACCUACCGGUACUAUCAUUCCCCAACCAACCGUGUCCACCUGUACCCUCCUGAGGUCACUGUUCCCCAGACUCCACCCUCCACGCCACCAACGGUUAAACAGAAAACACCACGACCAGCUGAGCCAGACACCAACUGUGAACAAGAGCGGGAACAGUCUAAACUGAAACGCUCCUACUCCUCCCCUGAUAUCAGCCAGGACCUGAGGGAGGAGGCCCAGAAGAAAGCCAGUGCUCCGACCACUGCUGCUGUUAUACCCACCAUCAACAGGGAGACCAAACCUCCCAGUGCUAAAGUCUAUUCCAAAGUCGAGAUUGUGCGGCCGUCGGCUGCCAAAAUUCGCAACCUGAAUCCUACGUUUGGAGGUAAUGGUCCAUCCCUGACUGGUCUUCGUAACAUGGGCAACACAUGCUACAUGAACUCCAUCUUGCAGUGUCUGUGUAACACUCCUGGCAUGGCUGAGUACUUCAACAACAAUUUCUACCUGGAGGACAUCAACAGGCAAAACAUCCUUGGUCAUAAAGGGGAGGUGGCGGAGGAGUUUGGUGUGAUCAUGAAGGCCCUGUGGGCCGGUCUGUACAAGUGCAUCAGCCCGCGGGACUUCAAGAUCACCAUAGGCAAGAUCAAUGACCAGUUUGCUGGCUAUGACCAGCAAGACUCCCAGGAGCUGCUGCUGUUCCUCAUGGAUGGGCUCCACGAGGACCUCAACAAGAGAGCGGACAACAGGAAGCGGUACAAGGAGGAGGAAAACGACCAUCUGGAUGAUCAGACGGCAGCCGACUUGGCCUGGAGCAAACACAAGCUGCUGAACGAGUCCAUCAUCGUAGCACUGUUCCAGGGCCAGUUCAAGUCCACUGUGCAGUGUCUGACCUGCCAUCGCAAGUCCCGGACAUUUGAGACCUUUAUGUACCUUUCACUGCCUCUGGCCUCCACCAGCAAGUGCUCCCUGCAGGAUUGUCUGAGGCUGUUCUCCAAGGAAGAGAAGCUGACGGACAACAACAAGGUGUUCUGCAGACACUGCAAAGCCCACAGAGAUUCCACCAAGAAACUGGAGAUCUGGAAGGUCCCGCCCAUUCUCCUGGUGCACUUAAAACGAUUCUCCUACGAGGGUAGAUGGAAGCAGAAGCUGCAGACGUCUGUAGACUUCUCUCUAGACACUCUGGACCUGGCCCAGUAUGUCAUUGGACCCAAACAGAGCCUGAAGAGAUACAGCCUGUUUGGAGUUUCUAACCACUACGGGGGUUUAGAUGGCGGCCAUUACACAGCCUACUGUAAGAACGCCCCCAAACAGCGCUGGUACAAAUUUGAUGACCACGAGGUGACGGAGAUCUCCACCUCCUCCGUCAAGUCCUCGGCAGCCUACAUCCUGUUUUACUCCAACCUGUGAUGGAGCCGUAGGACACGGAGAGGGAACACUACACCAGAGCAGCGCACACUCAAACCUAGAUGGUGUUUUUUUUUUUUUCUUUUUUUUUUUAAAUCACAGCUCUGAGGGGACCUGGUGCACGUAGUUGCGGGUUAACUAGUCGUGUACGUGCACGCAAGGACGCACUCGAGCGAGUUGCGAUGAGAAUCCUGUCUGUCGCAGAUCGGAGGAAGGGGCAGGAACACUGUGCAAUGCUUCAGCUACUAGAGGACCCUAUACCUGUUUAAACAUGCUGUCUGUUCAUAUUACUGAUCAUCUAGUGACUAAACAGAUGCUCCUUUUACUCUGACUUCUUAAUGGUGGUGUCGUAGGGCUGACAGCUGGUUCAGAUGCUUUUCACUCUCAUUUCUGUUGCAGUCAGUGGGGAUGGCCGUAUCGCAGAACUGAUCAGCUUUCUUGUUCUGUGUCUACACCAGGGUUACCAGUUGUACAUACUUACCAAUGCUGAUGUUGCACAUUCAACAAUGUAAAUACUGGAGGGCAAGGUGUUAAUGUGUUAAGUGACCAAAUUAUGAUAUUUAGUAGCAGCCAUUAUACUGUAGUAUCAACAUAUUCAUAAAGACAAACUGUGUGUUGUAGGGGUUUAACUCUAUAGCCUUCUGAUGUUUUAACAUGAUCUUCAAGGAGAUGGAAGAGAGUGGGUAUUGACUUUUGCAUUCUUCGCGAAGAGAGGAGGGAAUUGAGAUUGUUGCUUGUUCAUAUUAGCCACAUUGUUGCACUUACACAAUAUGCAAUCCAUUUAAGUUGUUUAUGCAGAACACAUUGUUUAAUAGCAGACAUUUAUACUCGCCUCAGAAUGCUUUAAAACGAUGCUGAUGCUGAACUUGUAUGUCUUGCUCGGUCCAGGCAGUGACAGAAAAACCUACCUGCACCUAAACACUUUGUUAAACAAAAUGUUUUCUCGGUUAAACAUACUUAACUCUUUACAUUAUUAUAUUCAAACACAACAACUAUUUAGAGGAAAAAUGACUGCGAUAACUUGGCAUCCUUUCACUGCUUUUCAUUUUAUUUCUGUAUUCAGUACUGAGGAGAAUACCCAGGAGAAUAUGAAAACAUAAGAAAUUGACCUUAUUCACUGACAUCAGAGCGUCAACAUUUGCUGCCUGCCUGACCGACCGACUGACAAGAGCAAGCACAAAGUAUACUGAUGUUUUUUUUUUCUGAAUGGACCAGAGGUCUGAGGUGACAGGAUUUGAUUUCCUGAGUAAAGUUUUAUUGCCUAGCAUGAGGUCAUAAUCUGUUUUCUUUCUACUUGUACAUGUUGAUUUUAUUUCACAAUUUGUUUCAGAUAUAAUGAUUAUAUUAACCACAAACAACUCAUAUUUAUUAAAACUGCUUCAAAUUAG